AUGGACUUUGUAAGUUGUACACUGUUCCUUCUGUUGACAUGCGCCACCAUCCAUGCUCUUCAUUCAUUCAUUGCUAGAAUCACAAAGCCAAAAGUUAAGCUUCCACCAGGACCUUCCCCACUUUUUAUCAUUGGAAACCUCCUUGAACUGUGGCAAAAGCCUCACCAUUCCUUGGCCAAGCUUGCUAACAUUCAUGGCCCUGUAAUGAGUCUAAAGCUAGGCCGAAUAACCACCAUUGUCAUCUCCUCAGCAGACAUGGCCAAAGGGGUGCUUCUAACCAAUGACCAAUUCUUGUCAAACCGAACCAUUCCUCAAUCUGUGUCAGUUCUCAACCACGAACACUAUAGCAUUGCCUUCAUACCCGUUUCACCUCUUUGGAAGGAAUUGAGAAAAAUAUGCAACACUCAAUUAUUUUCACACAAGACUCUUGAUGCUAGCCAAGACGUUAGGCGCAAGAAAGUGCAACAGCUCCUCAUGGAUAUCAAUCAAAGCAGCCAAAAUGGUGAAGCAAUAGAUAUUGGAACAGCAGUGUUCAAGACUACCAUUAAUCUAUUAUCAAACACCAUUUUCUCUGUGGAUUUGAUUCAAUCUACAGGUACAGAAGAAGAGUUCAAGGACUUGAUUAUGAAUAUCACAUACCUGGUUAGAACACCGAACUUGGCAGAUUAUUUUCCCGUGUUGAAAAUGGUUGACCCACAAGGUAUAAAGAGGCGCCAAGCUAAGAAUGUUAGGAAGGUGUUAGACAUUUUCGACCACUUGGUUAACCAACGGUUGAAGCUGAGGGAAGGUGCAGAUUUUGACACGAACAACGACAUGUUAGAUUCCCUACUCAACAUUUCUCAGGAAAAUAAGUUGAUGGACAAAACAAUGAUUGAACAUUUAUCGCAUGACCUAUUUGUUGCGGGAACGGAUACAACAACAUCUACCCUAGAAUGGGCAAUGACUGAGUUACUCAGAAAUCCAGAUGCUAUGUUAAAAGCAAAACAAGAGCUCGAGCAUAUUAUAGGCAGAGGUAACCCUGUUGAGGAAUCAAGCAUUUCUGGACUUCCAUACCUACAAGCAAUAGUAAAAGAGACAUUAAGGUUGCAUCCUCCAGUUCCAUUUUUGCUUCCACGAAAAGCCGCGAGUGAUGUGGAGAUACGUGGUUACACCAUCCCAAAAGAUGCACAAGUGCUAGUUGAUGUGUGGACUAUUUGCAGGGACCCCACUAUAUGGGACAAUCCAACUUUAUUCUCACCAGAGAGGUUCCUAUGUUCAGAUAUUGAUGUUAAAGGAAGAAAUUUUGAGCUAGUACCAUUUGGUGCAGGGCGACGAAUAUGCCCUGGCUUGCAAUUGGCUAAUAGGAUGUUGCUCUUGAUGUUGGGUUCUCUAAUCAAUUCCUUUGAUUGGAAGCUUGAAAAUGGCAUGCAACCAGAAGAUAUGGACACUGAUGAUAAAUUUGGAAUUACCUUUUGUAAGGCUCAACCCCUUCGAGUUGUUCCAAUCAAAAUAUGCAACUAA